UACAGGGUUAACAUAAAUUUCUUCAGAUAAAUGGAUCUCAAACCACUAAUAAUCAUGCUUUAUGAUAACCAUCAUGCGACUGAAAGGAGUACUCUUGUGUAAAUCGGUAUUACAAAUUGUUACAGAUCAGCACGUAAGGAUCAAGGACGUUUCUUGUUAAGUCAGAAAUUUGCGUUGAUGUGGAUAAAAAGAGAAGCAGGAAUAUUUGAAGUAUGAGCCUUAUGGACAGUCCAAAUUCGGAGAUUAUCGUAGAUAAACAACUACAACGGUUUAUUGAGGCCGAAACCAAGAAACAACAGUUCCAGGGUUUGGUACAUGAAUUAACAGGUAUCUGUUGGGAAACUUGUAUGGAUAAGCCGUCACCACGUCUGGAACCUAAAGUCCAUAAGUGUCUUGUGAACUGUGUAGAAAGAUUCAUCGACACCACCAAUUACAUUACUAAUCGAAUAGAACGUGUCGCUGCAAAUCUGAUCUCUGAAGCAGACAGUUUAGAAUGAUCGCAUCAUUCUGAAGAUGCGUCAUCAGUUUUUCCCCCACAAGUUGCACAGUCUUUAACAUACUUGUAUGUAAAUCAA